CGACGUCAGUGCUGCGCGCCGCAGCGUGACGUCACUGACGUGCGCCGCGCCUACGUCACUGCCGCGCGCCGGUUGCCAUGGAGGCGGCGGGGGAACGUGGAGAGGAGGAGGAGGAGGAGGUGGACGAAGAGGAAGAGUGGUUGCUGGAAUCCCUGCACCUGUACGAGGCGCUGCACGCCUUCGAGCUCCAGGCUCCCACCCGCGUUAUCGAAUGGGCCCUGGGGAAGCGUGUCUGCGUGGCCGGGUAUGGGCGCUCCGGAAGGAACGAGAUCCUGCAGCUGCUGCCACCAGCGACGUUGCAAGCGAAGGAGAGCCAGGGUCUGUGUCCGGAAAGAGAUUUCAAGGUGGAAUGUGGCGGGUUCUCAAACCGCCCGGUUUACGGCCUGAAACACGUGCCGGACACCAGGGCCUGUUCCCGUUCAGUUCUUCCAGGAAGGUCCUGGAAGAGGCCCAGUUUAACUCUCCUGCAAUCCAGGGUUGCGACCUCCCCGCCCUGCUUGUUCCUGGCAGGACGCAGAGCUCCGCGAUCCCCCAGCUUGCUGGUGACGAGCGGCCCACCCGACAGCUCGCUGCAGGUCUGGCAGGUGGCAGCAGAGGAUUCUGACGUCAUUAAACCUGUCAGCACCAUCCCGACGGAAAACAGCGCUGGGGAGACCUGGGCCAAAAUUGCAACCACUUCGACGAGAGCCCCGUGGGUCCUGCACGGCUCGAGGCUCAGCAGCACCCAGAUCACGGAGGUGGAGUCCCAGAAGAAGGUGUACGUAGCAGCCUCCGGCAGCAACGAGUUGCUCAGCAGCCUGGCGUUCCUGGACGCCAACACCUCGCUGCUGUGCUGCGCUGCGGGGCAGCUGUGCGUGGCCGAUGUCCGGCAGCACGGCCCCUUGCAGCCCGCGCCCAUCCCCUCGGCGCCGCGUGGCCAGUGCUGGUGCACGGCGGUCGGAUGCGGAGCCCCGGGCUCGGAGCUGAGCUCUCAGCCCAUCGCGUGCCUGUCGAGCGGAGGGCAGCUCAUCCUGGUGGAUGCAAGGAAAACCUCGCAGUGCUUGGCCUCGGCCAAGUGCGGAGUUCCCUCUCCCGGCUCCAGCGCCGAGUUCCUGAGCGUCUCCUGGGCUCCAGCUCUGGAGGGCUGCCUUGCUGUUUCAGGCUUCGACGGGAGCGUGCACAUCUACGACACGCGGGGCUGGGACGGCGCCGGCGGCGACGCGCGGCCGCUCUUUGUGCACAGAGGCCACGCGCCGGGCAACGGGGAACGGCCCCAGGUGACGGCGCACGCCUGGCACCCCCAAAAAGCGAGGACCUUGCUGUCGGCGGCCACCGACGGCUCCCUGCACGUCUGGGAAUGGGUGCAGCCCCGCGGGAGCUGAGGGCGGGCGCUGUUUUCGGGGCUCUCCCUGCCCGCAGCCUCGCACGGGGCUUGGAGCUGUGGAGAAGAGCCGGGGCCGGCUGCUGUGACGCAGCAGGAGUUGCAGCGGCGUUCCCUCUCUUUGCUCCGCUCUCCCGUGUGUUGCAACGUGAUUUUUGACCGCUUUGUUUGCUCCGGUCUCCCGCCGCCCCUUUCAACCUUGGGGGCAGCAGCCUGGCGUUGGGAGCGUGCCCACCGCCGUCGUUCCAUCGCGUCGCGUUUGCGUCGUGAGGCUCGGAAAAAUUAAAAAAUAAUAAAUAAAUUUAAAAAGCCA